AUGUUACUGCUUCAACCAUUAGCUAAGGAUGACCAAGGAGGGAUUCGCACAAAUGCCACCGUCUGUAUGGUUAAAUUGUCCGGCUACUUCACUUCCUCCGUCAGGCGCGGUCCUCUGCUCAACUCAUUCCUGCGCUCAACACGAGACCCCUCCGUGCCAGCUAGACAGGCCGGCAUUGCAGCACUAGCUGCAACUCAGAGCGGCCAGUAG